AUGGAAACUCUCCUCUCAACCUCGUCUGACCUUCCUACGCCCAUCCAACAUGCCUCGCUGUUGUCGUUGCCAAACGAGAUCAUCCUGAGCAUCGUCGGUCACCUGUCCGAACCAGAUCUAGCAUCACUAUCCGCCACCAACAAGCGUUUACAUGACCUUGCAGACUUCAAGCUUAUACCGAUAGCUGUCAAAGACUACCCAUAUGUCUUGUGCUGGGCGUCUGAGUUUGGAUAUGCCGACCUUGUGAGAAGACUACUACUUGCCGGAGCAGACCCGAACCGGCCUUACGUGACGAGGUCUCCGGAUCGCGAGCGCGCAGAAUGCAAUGGGCCGGCGCAUAUGAUCGACGGCACCAACGCGAGGAUGGUGCUCGACCAUGUCUACUCUCAUGAUAUGUACGCGGCCUUGUUGAAGCGAGUGCGGGGCGACAACCCAUUUGCCAAGAGUGGUACAGCGACGAUGAGCGUGAGGAGGGGACGCCGUGGACCAACAUGGGAACGACCUAUCACCCAGAUACGGUUGGUGUUUUGA